GGGAGCGGCGACCCAGCGCCGCAACCUCCGCCAACAAGCCUCUGACGUACCGAGACCAUUACCAGGCAGCGGCCAAUCGCCUGCCUCAAGUAGGGCAGGCCGCGGCCCCAUUGGCCAGCCAAUGGCGUUUGUACCGGCGGGAGGGGCAGGGAGGCGGCUGUAGUCGGAAGGUAGAGGCGCAUAGGCGGAAGUGGCGUUGUUUGUAGGUGGCGCGCAAUAUGGCGGGGUGGGCUGUGGCGGCGCGAGGCCCCUGGCGGAGGCUGGUGCCCGCGCCGCUGUGGGAGCAGCCGCGCCGCCUGCAGCAUGAGGGGCGGCCCAGCCCGUCCGACCAGCCCAUACAAAUGGAGAACCCCUAUAAAGAGCCUCCUAAAAAAUGUGUCUUGUGUGGAAUAAGUGUGGACUACAAGAAUGUGCAGCUUCUUUCCCAGUUUGUUUCUCCGCAUACUGGCUGCAUUUAUGGCAGGCAUAUAACAGGCUUGUGCAACAAGAAGCAGAAGGAAAUUACAAAAGCCAUUAAAAGAGCUCAUGUACUUGGGGGGAAAGAUGAUGCAGCUGCCUUGACCAGCAGUGUGAGGAACUAGAUACAAGAUAAAAAAAGAUGAAAGAGAAAAAAAAGCUUGAUACAAGAGGUAUCCAGAACAGCCCCCAAAAUCUGAGUGAGCUCCCUGGUAUGGUUUAGGUUUGAAAAUAAAGUACCUUCUUACAGCCUGAUAGUAUUUUCUUCAAGGCAAGUUCAUUCAGUUCUCCUGCAGAAUUAUAAAAGCUAGAAGAAAAUUAGGACAAUUAGAGGAAAAAAAAAUGCUACUGUAGAAAUAAUUAUUCCCUAGUAGUCUGGCAGUCAUCCCACUUUAAUAGCUAUUUUUCCCCCUGGUAAGCAUAAAGAUAUGCUGAUACAGCUGCUCUGCUAGGACAGUGCAGAUAAUUUCAUUACUCAAAUAGAUAUGUAGGUGGUCUUGUACAGCUUAGAUGCUGUUCUGGCAUCAGCGCUAUUGGGACACAAGUUAAAGGUAGCAUCUAUAUCCUUUUGACUACAAAAUAGAAAGAUGCCUUCAAUUUGAUAUGAAAUGCCUUUCUAGUAACAUCUGGGUUUAUUAGUUUUCAGAAAGUUUUGAGAAGGAAAUUUGUGUUGUGAUUCUCCCCUUCCAGGGAUGCAAACCCGCACAGCUGUGUUCCCGUCUAUGAUGGAACUCUAAAUACUAGUCCUUGAAAUUACUCCUGCCAUAAGGCUAACAAGUGUUUCUGACCCACUUAGAAGCCUAUGGCCGAUGCUACCUUUUUAUUUCUUUUUUUUUGGGGGUGAGGGGUUGGGAUGUAUGCUUUAAAAAAGCAAUGUUGUUUGUUCAGUAUGUUGACGUUAUUCUGUAGUUCAUAUGGUAUCAUAGCUCAUCAGAAGGUAGAGUAUGCCAUAUCUCUAUAUAUACAGACAAACACUAAAAAAGGACAUGAAGAACCAAAAUAGGAAUAACAUAAGGCAUUUUGUAUCUGUUAUUCCAAGGGGUUGAUAUGGCUGCUGUAGUUACAGCCAGGUGAGUUUCUCAGUAAUGUAAUAUAAGCUUAACUCUUGAAGAGUUCAAGUUAGGGUUAAUUUUAACUUCUUCAUAUCUGUUUACGUAAGAUUCUUACCUGAACAACUGGUAGCAUGGAACAUGCUUCUGUAUAUCUGGAAAGAGAAGGUAAUAUUACUCUGGGUUCAUCAGUUCAAGAUGUAUAUUCUUCUAUCUACUAUGAUCAGAAUUAAACUGCUAGAAGAACCGAGAAGGAAUUCUAAAAAUCAAAUGCAUUAACAUCU